AUGAGGGCUGUGAUCUGGGACCUGCUGCUGCUCUGUCUCUUCGCCCGGGUGCGGGGUGACUGUCGGGGGGACUGUCUCCACUGUGACCGCCAGCUCUACCGGGACAGCUUCGAUGUCUUGAUCUGCAUCCUGGAGUGUGAAGGCGAAGCCGUUCCACGGGCCACCUGGGAGCUGUGUGCCGCCGCCGCCGCCGGCCGAGCCGCCCCACGGCCCCGUGACCUCCAGGACACGGAUGAUCCCUGGCACGAAGCGGCGAUGAACCGUCUGGAGGUCAACGAGAUGCUGCGACGCCGAGAAAGCGAAGACGAAGGGGUUGAAGAAGCACCACCAGUGGUCACCUUCCAGCAAGCAGCAGAGGACAUUUCCCGAGGAUACGGUGGUUUCCCAAGAGGGACGCGCGGGUCGUGGCCGGCGCCGAUGGCCAAGGGGGUGCAGAAGAGAUACGGGGGCUUCAUCGGGGUCCGUAAAUCGGCGAGGAAGUGGAACAACCAGAAGAGGUUUAGCGAGUUCCUGAAGCAGUACCUGGGCAUGUCACCCCGUUCCAGUGAGUACGGCAUCGCCGGCGGCGAACGCAACGAGAUCUAA